AUGGCCUCGCGGGACGAUGUAGCGGGCCUCGCAACGGGCAUCGGCGCGGCCGUCAUCGCGCGCAAAUCCCUGACAACGGGCAUCGGCGUGAUUUUAGGACUUGUGAAUCGACAAAACGGCGCGCCGCCUCUAUGCUGCUACGCGCGGCGGCUUCCGCCUCGGCUGGCGCAGCGGAAUAGAGCGAAGGUUCCGCUGGUUCCGCCCGUUUUGCCCGUUCCGCUGGUUCAGCCCGUUCUACCUGUUCCCGCGCGGGGGAAUGGCGCGGAGGCUGCGGGUGAAGGCGCGCGGGCGGAAGGGGUUCCGCAAGUCGGGGAAGCGGCGGGCCAAGAUGCGCAGAGGGAAGCGGGGAAAAUUGGGCAGGGGGAAGGGGAAAAGGGAAGGGAGGUGGCGGAAGCGGGGGGGAUAUGGUGUGGUGGGACAGAGAGAGGAAUGAUGGGUGGGGGUGGGGAAGGUCGCAUGGGGGAUGGCGGGAUGGGGUUUUGCGGGUCAGAGGGAGGAAUGGCUUGGGCUAAAGGGUUCCAUGCUGGGAGAAAAGAGGUGGGGGAGGGGGAAGAGGUGGGGGAGGGGGGAAAGGUGGGGGAGGGGGGAGAGGCUGAUCUAAGAGGGCUGGAGGGGGGAGAUGUAGGGGGGAUGGAGGGGGGAGGUGCAGGGGGGGUGGAGGGAGAUGAGGAUGAGGAGGUUGUUGAGGUGGAGUGGGUAGGGGAUCCUGUGGGGGGGGGGGUGUGGAAGAGGGUAGGGGAGCGUGUGGAAAAGGGUGUGUGGGAGACGGCAGGGGAGGGUGUGGGGGAGUGUGAAGGGAGACAGGAUGAGGAGGAGGAGGAGGAGGAGGAGGAGGAGGAGGAGGAGGAGGAGGAGGAGGAGGAGGAGGAGGAGGAGGAGGAGGAGGAAGAGGAGGAGGAAGAGGAUGAGGAAGAGGAGGAUGAUGAUGUUCAGGAGGUGAUGAUGGUUGAUAACAGAGGAUGCGGUGAUGUUCCCUUUCCUCUUCCACCUCCCUCAUUCCUCUUCAUUCCUUCAAAUCCCUCUUCCUCCAAUUUCGCUCCUCCACUUUCCCUCCUCUCACUCCCUCGUCCUCUUCCCCUUCCCUCGUUUAUCCUCAUUCAUGCCUCAUCCGCAUUGCUCUCACACCUUCUCCCCUCCCCCCUCCACUCCCCACGGAACCACCAGUACUCAUGCCCUCAUCCCCGCUGCUCUCGAUCCUUCAAGCAUCGAGCCGACAUGAUGCGGCAUGCACGGUGGCAGUGCAGGGAGGGAGGGAGUGGCGACAUGAUGCGGUACGCACGGUGGCAGUGCAGUGAAGGAGGGAGUGGGGACAUGAUGCGGUACGCAUGGUUGCGGAAUUGCAGGGAGGGAGGGAGUGGGCAGGGGGUAAGCAGUGCGGAUGGGGGGAAGAAGGGGAAGAGGGCGCAUGGAGGGGAGGUGGGGAGGCAUGAAGGCGAGGAGGAGGGUGAGUUUGUGAGUGGGGAAGAGGAAAGAAGGGGGGAGGAGAGAUGUGAGGAAGGAGAGACGGAGGAGGAGAGGGGUGAAGGGCGAAGGAGCGGUUGGGAAAGGAGGGAAGAGGAGAGGGAAGGAGAGAGAAGGACGGCGGAGGAGAGGAGAGAAGAGGGAAGGAGGGAGGAGAAAAGGGACGAGGAGAAAAGCAUGGGGGCGGAGGAAAGGAGGGGGGAAGAGAGGGGAGGAGAGUGGAGGGAGGAGAAGAGGGACGACGAGGAAAGGAGGGUGGAGGAGGAAAUCUGGGGGCUGGAAAGGAGCGGAGAGGCUCCCAGGGAGGACAGGGGACGUGGAGGGGAGGAAGAAGAAACUUUUGUGAGUGGAGAAGAGGGAAGAAGAGGGGAGCAGAGGGGAGAAGAGGGCAGGAGAGGGGAGCAGAGGGAAGAGGAGGGAAGGGACGAAGAGGCUCCCAGGGAGGAAGGGGGGCAUAGAGGGGAGAAGGAAAAAGCUUUUGAGAGUGGAGAAGAGGGAAGGAGGGGGGAGGAGAGGGAAGAGGAGGGACGGAAGGGGGAGGAGAGGGAAGAGGAGGGACGGAAGGGGGAGGAGAGGGAAGAGGAGGGAAGGGACAAAGAGGCUCGCAGUGAGGAAGAGGGGCAGAGAGGGGAGGAGAAGGCAUGUGCUGUGAGGGGGGAAGAGGGAAGGAUGGGGAGGGUGAGGGAUGACGACGGAAGGAGGGUGAAAGAGGGGCAUGGACGGGAGGAGAAGGCGUGUGUUGUGAGGGGGGAAGAGGGAAGGAUAAGGGAGGUGAGGGAUGAAGAGAGGAGGGAGGAAGGGAGGAGCGAAGAGGUUCUUAUGGAGGAAGGGUGGUGUGCAGGCGAGAAGGAAGCGUGUGGAUUGAGGGGCGAAGAGGGAAGGCGGGGGAAGGAAUGGGAUGAAGAGAUGAGGGAGGAAGGGAGGAACGAAGAGGUUUUUAGGGAGGAGGGGAGGUGUGCAGGUGAGAAGGAAGCGUGUGAAUUGAGGGGCGAAGAGGGAAGGCGGGGGGAGGAAUGGGAUGAAGAGAGGUGGAGGGAGGAAGGGAGGAGCAAAGAGGUUUUUAGGGAGGAGGGGAGGCAUACAGGCGAUAAGGAAGCGAGUGAUGUGAGUGGGGAGAAGAGGGAUGAGGAGGGAAGGAGAGGGGAGACGAGGGAUGAGGAGGGAAGGAGAGGGGAGACGAGGGAUGAGGAGGGAAGGAGAGGGGAGACGAGGGAUGAGGAGGGAAGGAGAGGGGAGACGAGGGAUGAGGAGGGAAGGAGAGGGGAGACGAGGGAUGAGGAGGGAAGGAGAGGGGAGACGAGGGAUGAAGAGGAGGGAAGGAGAGGGGAGACGAGGGAUGAAGAGGAGGGAAGGAGAGGGGAGACGAGGGAUGAAGAGGAGGGAAGGAGAGGGGAGAAGAGGGAUGAAGAGGAGGGAAGGAGAGGGGAGAAGAGGGAUGAAGAGGAGGGAAGGAGAGGGGAGAAGAGGGAUGAAGAGGAGGGACCCCAUACCCUUCCUUCCAGGGAAGGCAGCACGGGAAGGGCAGGGGAGCAGCUUCAAGGGGAGUGCAGUGCGGUUGGAGAAGGGAGCGGGGAAGAGGAAGGAGGAACUCAAUGCCUUUCUGGAAAAGAGGGCAACAUGGAAAGGGCAGCGGUGCUGCUUGAAGGGGAGUGCAGCGUGGGAGGGGCAGUGAGGCAGAGGCAAGGGGAGUGCAGCACGGUCGGAAGAGGGUGGAGGGAAGAGGAAGGAGCAGCGCAAUUUGUUUUUGAAAAUGAGGGCACCGCGGGAAACGCAGUGGUGCAGAUUCAAGAAGAGGGCAACGAUGGUGGAGGAGGGAGGGGGACAGAGCAGGGAGCAGCAGAGCAGGCAGCAGCAACUCAAUCCCUGUCAGAGAGCAGAGGAGCAAAGGAGGGAGCAGAAGAGGGAGAAGAGGAGGGAGCAGAGGGGGGAGCGGAGGUGGGAGCACAGAUGGGAGAAGAGGAGGGAGAAGAGGAGGGAGCAGAGGAGGGAGAAAAGGAGGGAGGAGAGGAGGGAGCGGUGGAGGGAUCAGAGGAGGGAGCAGAGGAGGGAGAAGAGGUGGAAGCAGAUGAGGGAGCAGAGGAGGGAGAAGAGGAGGGAGCGGAGGAGGGAGCAGAGGAGGGAAAAGAGGAGGGAGCAAAAGAGGGAGCAGAGGAGGGAGCAAAGGAGGGAACAGAGGAGGGAACAGAGGAAGGAGCAGGGGAAGGAACAGAGGAGGGAGAAGAGGAGGAAGCAGAGGAGGGAGCAGAGGAGGGAGCAGAGGUGGGAGCACAGGUGGGAGAAGAGGAGGGAGCAGAAGUGAAAGGAGAGGGGGAAGCAGAUAAGGGAGCAGAGGAGGGAGAAGAGGAGGGAGCAGAGGUGGGAGCAGAAGAGGGAGCAGAGGAAGGAAAAGAGGAGGGAGCAGAGGAGGGAAAAGAGGAGGGAGCAGAGGAAGGAGCAGAGAAAGGAGCAGAGGAGGGAACAGAGGAGGGAGCAGGAGAGGGAGCAGAGGAGGGAGCAGAGGAGGGAGCAGAGGAGGGAGAAGAGGAGGGAGGAGAGGAGGGAGCGGAGGAGGGAGCAGAGGAGGGAGCAGAGGAGGGAGAAGAGGUGGGAGCAGAGGAGGGAGCAGGGGUGAAGGCAGAGGAGGGAGAAGAGGAGGGAGCGGAGGAGGGAGCAGAGGAGGGAAAAGAGGAGGGAGCAAAGGAGGGAGCAGGGGAGGGAACAGAGGAAGGAGCAGGGGAAGGAACAGAGGAGGGAGCAGAGGAGGGAGCAGAGGAGGGAGCAGAGGAGGGAGCAGAGGAGGGAGCAGAGGUGGGAGAAGAGGCGGGAGUAGAGGUGGGAGCAGAUGUGGCAGCAGAGAAGGGAGAAGAGGAGGGAGCAGAGGAGGGAGAAGAUGACGGAGCAGAAUGGGGAGGAGAGAAGGGAGCAGAGGAAGGAGCAGAGGAGGGAGAGGAGGAGGGAGCAGCAGAGGAGAGGGCAGAGGAGGGAGCAGAGGAGGGAGCUGAGGAGGUAGCAGGGGGGGGAGCAGAGGAGGGAGAGGAGGAGGGAGCAGAGGAGGGAGCAGAGGAGGGAGCAGAGGUGGGAGCAGAGGGAGAGGAGGUGGGAGCAGCAGAGGAGAAGGCAGAGGAGGGAGCAGAGGAGGGAGCAGAGGAGGGAGACGAGGAGGGGGAAGACGAGGCGGAAAAGAAGGGAGUAGAGGAGGGAGAUGAGGAGGGGGAAGAGGAGGGGGAAGAGGAGGGGGAAGAGGAGGGAGCAGAGGAGGGAGCAGAGGAGGGAGCAGAGGAGUGGAAGCUGAGAAAACGCAGGAGGCAGGAGGAGAAGCUCUUGAGGCAGGAGGAGGAGCUCCUGAAGGAGGAAGAAACCCAUCUGAGACAGGUGGAAGAACACCUGAAGCAACAGAAAGAGCACCUGAGGCAGCAGGAGGAGCACCUGAAGCGUAAGAGGCAGCACCUGGAGCUUCAGGAGAGGGAUGAGGAGGGAGGGAGGAUGGUGGAGGAUGGAGGGAGAGGAAGAGGGGUUGUGGUGCGUGAUGGGGAGGGGGUGGGGUUGGCGGAAGAUGGAGGGAGAGGAGGGUUUGAUGGAGGGAGAGGAGGGGUAGACGGGUGGAGAGGAGGGAGGGUGGUGAAAGAUGAGAUUGAAGACUGGUUGGGGUGA